UUCGCAGGCCGCCGCAACCAACAGCGGAAGGCAUUCUUCCCCUCUCCCCUGAAUCAUCAAAAAGAAAAGAAACGAGACCUUCCUCUCGAGACGAACCCUAGAUCCGUUCUGACCUUCCGUCUGCUUCCUGUUCCGUACGACAUGGCAGCUCGUCGGCGUCUUCAUCCGCCACCCGGUGCGGAGCUCUCCCGCUCUCACCCUCGCUGGGUGAUGCUAGAUCGCUUCGUCCACUACAAGGCGUACGCGGGUGAGGCUGUUGCGGAGGAGGUAAUGGACGGCACGCAAUCGGCGAUCUCCUCUACCUGCACCAACAUAAGCAUCGCCGUCUCUCUCAGGGUUGCUGAACCGCCCGCUGUGUCCCGUCUCUACCUCCACUGGCCCGAGCGAUUCAUGACGGCGUCGUUGAGCCAGUCUCCUUGUCUCAUGCGACUCCCGCCUUGCUUCGAUGGUGGGGACAAGAACCCGGACGUGGAUUUGUACUUCCACCCGUACCGUCUCCAGCAGCUGCGAUCUAUGUGGCGUGAUGACAUUGGCCUCCUUUGCCGUGGCAAGGGGGAGUUCGUGGUGGCGCAGCUCACAUUUGGCGGCCAGCUCUGCGUGCUACACCAUAAACCUGGGGAGGAGCAGGGCGACAUGAAUUGGAGCGUCGAAAAUAUGCCCUUACCUGACGGCGAUGACAUCCCAAACCUGCUGUGUGGUUCGUGGCAAACGGACGCCGUCGUCCCCUAUGGUGAUUGUUACCUGUGCUGGGCGGAUUGCUACCUGGGCUUGCUUUUUGUCGGUGUCAUUGACAAGCGGACGAAGCCCCCGUGCUACGUCCCCUUACCUGAUGGUCUGGAUUCCAAUCGUCUGUGCAUUGACCCAGGGUAUCCUGACCCGGCCCGUCGUGUCUGUGUCUCUGAGUCCAGCAUGAUUAACCUCAUAUGUGUUGGUGAUCAUGCUGGCUGCAGUGUGUGUGCCAGUUCUUAUUCUGCUUUCACUAUCACAGUAUGGACUUUGACCAACUUAAGGGAAAAGAAAUGGAUGAAAUGUUUCACCAUGGAAGACAGCAAGUUCUGGGCUGCUCUUGAUUUUGACAAGCGUCUUCCGCAUGUGCUACCAGAGUUCCCUACCAUCAGCUUGGUUAAGCCUGAUGUUGUUUACUUCCGGUUGAAUGGUGGUAAUAAAUUUUUCUGGCUGAUUGAGAUUGACAUGAAGAAGGAAGUGCUGGGGUCAACCAGUCUCUACAUCUUUGAAGAAGAAGAAGAAGAAGAAGAAGAAGAAGAGAAAUGCUCCAUUGACAUGGCCCACUGGAGAUCAUUUCCUGGCUACUCCUUUGUUCCCAGCCCAUUCACCCGAUACUUGGACCAGCAUGCCAUCAGAAGUCUGGAACUCAGCGAGAAGUUACAGAAUAUAAGACUUGAGCAAGCUAAAGAAAAGAGAUUUGUUGAAGAGUGAAGAGCUUAUGCUAGGAAUUGUUCAGCAGAUAUAAGAAACCAGGAAUACUUUUUAGUAUUGGUUUGUCUUGUCUUAAUUUUUUAUUCUGGGUGCAUUGGAAAAGCUUACCUUUCCGGUGUACUUUGGACCAAUUGAUGUAUUUUAUAUAACAGGAUUUCCUCUUUAUAACUAGUAACCAGGUUUACAUCCUUAA